AUGGUAUUCAAGAAUUUCAACAAAAUAAACUCAUUUAUAGCAGACUUAUCGAAACUGGUGAAAAUUAUUAAAAGAACAUCGAAACAAAUGGGAAAUAACAAAGAAAAUUCGACUGAACAUGUGGAUUUAGAGAACGGAAUAAUCCAUGGCGUCCUAAAGCAAGUCAAAUACUCGCCUAUAAAUUCCACUGAUCCAAAGAAAGCUAUCCUAACUAAUGUGUGGUGCUGUGAUAUAUCUCCAACUCAAUCAAAGGCUUUAAUUACUUUCAUACGAGAAUUUAUAACUCCAAAUGAAACUUUACCUCUAGUUCAUGUCAAAAGAUUCAAUAAAGUAAUAGAAAAUAAACCUUCAGAGAAACCAAUAUCAAUAUUAAGAACAAUAUUAUGUUCUUCGGAAUUAUUUCAGAAUGAAACAGAAAUAAUUAAUCUACUCAAAGAACAUGGUUCAGAUCUCGACAUUACAUCUUUUAACUUCUAUCAAAAGCAAAUCCCACGAUAUCCUGCGACGACAAAAGAAAUUUCUCAAGAAUGGACUUCUAGGUAUUGGCCUAUGUCGUGGAAAGGUAAUCCUAAUCAUCAGGCAUUAAAGGCUGCCAAUUUCAAUAUUCCUCGAGAACGAGCGAUGAUCAAUAAAUUAUUAGAUGCCCUUGAAGAACACCAGACUGCUUAUGAUACUGGGAUUCCUGCGGUGACCAUAAUAGCGAAAAAAUCAAAAAUUAACGGAGAACAUGAAAUACUUACUGUAAAAUUUGAUAAUAGAGACAACCAUCCAUUAGAACACAGUGUUAUGAAGGCUAUAGACGAUAUCGCAAUGAAAGAGAAAAUUAGAAGAUGCGACUUACAUGGAACAACGCUAGACAAUGCUGAUAGAACUGAUUUGAAUUAUUUGUGCCAUGAUUUGCUUGUAUAUACAACACAUGAGCCAUGCAUUAUGUGUUCCAUGGCACUAGUGCAUUCUCGAAUAGGAAGAAUCAUAUAUAUGAAAGGCGUGCCUGAAACUGGGGGCUUAUCCAGCAAUUAUCAACUAGGUGAUAGGGACGGCCUCAAUUGGAAAUACGACAUCUGGAAAUGGAUAGGAGAAGAAGAAUUACUGAGGUUAGAUAAUAUAGUAAAUUCAACUGACAAGGCUUCUAUAGAAACAGCCACUAAUAUUUGA